AUGGCAUUCCACAACUUCCAUCACAACACUGAGCACGGCAUUAUCGUCUGUCGGCAAUGUGAAGCCUGCCUGGUGCCCAAAGAGAGCAGCUGGACCAGUCAUCUACGCAACCGUCCACACAGCAUGAAAGGCGAGCAUCUUGUUUGCACCCUCGAGCAUUUCCACAGCUUUGGCCAUCUCAGGAGCGUCGACGACUUGCGUAAGCGGGCAGCGGCUAGACGCCGACUACGUCAGCCAUGUCGGCCUCUCGACGGGGUUUGCGUCUAUGAUGGCUACAUGUGCAUCUGUGCCGAGGCGUGCGAAUACAGGACACGACGACUCGACAAGAUCCGACACCACAUGAGUGUGCACGGCCGAAAGCCCAAAGAGCACUCUGACGCUACUCCCCUCUGGCGUGCUUGUAGGCUUCAGACCUAUUUUACAGCCAAGGGCAUCAUUGAUUAUUUCGAAGUCGACGACGCAGUGCCCAUUCACCCUCAGCAGACAGCACCGCUCGACCCAUUCUCAUUUCUCGUCUCAUCUCUCGUCGCACUCCUGAUAUGCAACGCAGAGACCCGCGUGCCUCUUUGCUUCUCUCUUGCAUCUGCCAUCCACCUUUCACCUUGA